AUGUAUCUGUAUGGGCUGAAAAAGUUGCGGUCGCCUUGCGGCUACGUUGCGGUUGCGUUUCGGUUGCAUUGCGGUUACGUUGCGGUUACGUUGCGGUCGCUGUGCGAUCGCGUUGCGGUCGCGUUGCGGUUACGUUGCGGUCUCAUUGCGGUCGCUUUAUCGGUUGCGUUGCGGUUGCGUUGCGAUCGUUUUGCGGUUGCAUUGCGGUUGCGUUGCGAUUCCGUUGCGAUUUCGUUGCGGUUGCGAUGCGAUCGCUUUGCGGUUGCGUUGCGGCUGCGUUGCGGUCGCUUUUCACUCGAGUUCUGGUUGCAUUGCGGUUGCGUUGCGGCUGCCUUACGGCUUCCGUAA